AUGGACGGACGAAAGCUCGUGCUUGUGACAGGUGCCAACACCGGUCUUGGUCUCCAGAUUGUCAAGGCCAUUUGCGGCUCUGAUAAACAGUAUGAGGUCUUGGUUGGAGGAAGGUCUCUCCAAAAGGCUGAGCAAGCCGUCAAGGACCUCAAGAACGAGUUUCCCGCCAGCCAUCUCCACGCCAUUCAAGUUGACAUCGAAGACGAUGCAUCCAUUGUUUCUGCAUUUGAAUAUGUCAAGGCCAAGUACGGAAAACUGGAUGCCCUCAUCAACAAUGCAGGUGCCCAGCUUGAUCAACAAGCGACUGCCGGCAAGAUGACAGCAAGAGAGAUGUGGAACAAGACCUAUGAUGUCAACGUCACCGGGACCCAUGUAUUAACUUGGACCUUUGCCCCGUUGCUUCUUGAGUCCAGCGAUCCCCGUCUCAUGUUCAUCGCCAGUGGGACAUCCUCUCUUGCCGGGACUGAGGAUCCCAACUUUCCAGCCAACAAACAGGCCAGCAAAGGUUGGCCCAAGACCCUGAACAACUUCCAUCUGCCCGCGUAUCGAAGCAGUAAGACUGCCAUGAAUAUGAUGAUGAGGGAAUGGCAUCGGCUUCUUGGUCAGGAUGGUGCUAAGGUAUGGGCCAUUAGCCCUGGAUACCUUGCAACCGGUCUCGGUGUUGGUCAUGAGCAGAACAAAACACAGGGCGCGAUUGAUCCAGCCAUUGGAGCUGCGGUUGUGAAGGAUGUUUUGGAGGGGAAGAGGGAUGAAGACGUUGGCAGAGUCGUAUCAAAGCAAGGCAUUCAGGCUUGGUAG